AAUUGGUUGUUUAUUUGUUGUUUCGCUGUAUUUCAAAUUUAUAUACAAUUAACUACGUUUCGUUUACAUAAUAAAUUAACGUGGUUGAAUAGCAUAUUAUAACCUUUCAACAAAAAAAAUAACAGAGUAUUUUGGUAUACAUAUAUAAAUAUCAAGUUUACCAAAAAUUAGACUAAAAAAAUAGCAUUAUUACCCUAGAAAGUAAUUUAAUUAUAUUAGUCAAAAAUUAGUUUAAACUGGUAUUUAACUAGUUAUUUGGCUUACAGAGACAGUAAACAUUUGCUGUUAAAAAUGGUCCGCUUCAAACAUAGGUAUAUUACAGUUGAACUAAUUGUACCAAAGUUACCAGAAUAUAAACCAAUUUAUUUAAAGUCAAGUGUACUUAAUGACACAAUUUUAGAAAAACUUCAACAACUACACGGCGAUUUUGGAUUAGCUGCAGUCAAAAAUGGAUUCGUUACAAAAUAUUGCAAUGAAAAUACUCGAAUAGCAAUCAUAAGGUCCAGACAUGGACCACACAGAUUUGUGACGAGUAGUUUACCUUUUAUAACUAAAGUUGGUAAAUUAGAUGUUAUUUUAAAAACUCUACAUGUGAGUGCCACUAUGAAACAUAGUUUUAAGUUUAUACAAAAACACCAACGGGCUUAUUUGGAUAAAAUGUGGUCAAAACUGAGGACGGAUGAUGAAAGAAAAGCCUUAGAAGAAGCUGUUAUGGACUUCACAAAAGCUGAUAUUUCAAAAAAUAUAGAAAGACUUGGUUAAUCUCCUUAAUUGAAACCGCUUAAUUGAAAAUAUA